AUGUCAAAAGCUUGUGAAGAAGGACUUUGGAAAAAGACAACAGAUGAUGAAAGAAAUGUUCUUCAUUUUGCAAGUGAAAAAGGAAAUCUUAGACUUAUCAAAUCUCUCAUCGAAAGCAACUGCGAUAAAGAAUCAAAGGCUAAUUAUGGAUAUACACCACUCAUUUUUGCAUCAGAAAAAGGUCAUCUUUAA